UCGUUUUUAUAGCUCAUAGACAUUGUAUUUAUACAUACGCAGUGCCACGAUUAGGAUUUUACUGUACUUACUUUUUUAAUCUACGCCAAAAUGAAUAUUACGACGGUGUUUUUGUUGAGCGUCGCGACGUUGCUGCUGCUGCAGCAUUCGUGCAGGGCCGCGCCUCAGGCAGCCGGCAACAACCCCUACGCCGGAAUCACGAUAGUCAAGCAGGAGGAGAACAACAACAUCGGCGUGGACGGCUACCACUACAGCUACGAGCAGAGCGACGGCCAUCGCAAGGAGGAGACGGCGGUCAUCGUGAACCAGGGCACCGAGGACGAGGCCCUCGAGGUCACCGGCAGCUUCCAGUACCAGACGCCCGACGGCAAGACCUACCGAGUCGAUUACAAGGCCGACAAGGACGGCUUCCAUCCCACGAUUACGCUCGUUUAGCGACUCCUUUUGCACGGCUUUCUUCUUUUUUCUUUUCUUUUAUUAAUCUAUUCAGUUGUUCAGUUUUACCUAUUGUUAGCCGCAUACCGAGAGUAGACGCGUGAGCGAAAGGGCUGAGUAAGAAUACGGUUUCAUCCACAAAUUUUUCAACUCUGAACAACAAAAUAAAAACGUUCACGUACUUUUUACAAAAUAAAAAACAUGAAAUAGAAAAAGAAUUAGGUCAAAAACAUUUUUAACCACUUCGAACAACAAAGCAGUUUGUCGUUGUAUAUGCUUACUACAUGAAUUAUUUAUGAUGGCUCCUAUAUUGUAAAAUACUGCAACAAAAUUCAAGUUUGUCGAAUUAUCAAAAAUUAUGUAUGUAUAUAGUUCAAUUAAUUAUUCGGUCUAUGAUGUUAUUGCUGUAGUAAUCGUCAAAACUUAUGCCAGAUAUUCCUUUGUAUAAUAAUAUCUUAACACAUGAAAAAUAUUUUGUCAACA